UUUAUCAUACGGUUGUCUAGUUGUAAAAUCUGUUCGGGUCCGUUUAGUUUAAACAAUCGUGAAUUAUUGUGAAUAAAGUACUUUAGAUAUAAUUAUGUGCGUGUUUUUAUAUUAGUCCUUUCAUAAUUCAUUGAUUUGUAAUUCGUAGUUAGUUUUGGAUCGGUGCUAAUAUGUGUAUGUACUUGUACAUAAAAACAUGCAUGUGAAAAGUGUCAUUGUUUACGAUUCAACAGUGUGACAAAGUAAAUCGAAGAAUGAAUAAUAUGUUCCAUAUUUAUGAGGAAAAUUGUAUUUAAAAAGUUAAAGGAAGAAGAUUAUAACAAGUUCCUCAAAUUGCUAUUUGGUAAUAAUAUAUUUUGUCCUGCAUAUUUAUAUGCGGGAUAUAAAUAGAUUCAAAAACAGUGCUUCAAAAUUUAUUCGCCGACGACUUUUGACGCCUCUCGGGCGUUUAAGCUCGAGGAGGAUUUCGUAGGGAGUUGUGUGACAAUGUCGAUGUAUUCAACGACGGAUAAAAUGAAAAUGUCUGCUCCUACCUGCUUUCCUGGUCGAUACAGCCCUACUUAUAGGGGUCCGGAUCAGAUGAGGAGAUGUAUGCCGAAUCCUUCUACCCGUAUUUUAGAAGACGCUUCCCUUUUAUGCAAUUCUUGGUCAGCUCGUCAGAAUGGUGAUAUAUUUGCGGGAAUCAAUGAUGGUAUCCUUAGUAGGGCGGAAGCACUAGCGGCGGUGGAUAUGGGUAAACAUCAAACCACACAUCAUCACAGUCAAAUGCCGGGUCAAAUAAAACAUGACGUUAUGUACCAUCAUCAUAGUAUGGCUGGACCUCCGCAACGACCAUUACAGCUGUAGUUCUUCCUAAAUAAU